AUGUCGCGCCGUAGAACCGCACUCCUCGCGAUACCAUCGACACCACCACAGAUCUCGCCCAUAGCAGGACAUCAGUUUGUCAUGGGGGUUCACCAUGUGUACUUUGCUCACCGAGACUAUCACGGCUACAACGGAGCUGUCAAAGAUGACAUGAUUUCCGAGAGCGACGCAGUGUGGCCAUGGCCGGCUACAGUCGUGCUCCGGGUGCGGGCACGAAACAAAAGCGGCAGGUCGAAAGGCACAGCGUUGCUGUCUGGCACACAGGUCAGCCCGGGCCUGAAUGACGUAACACUACGAGAAGCGAGACACGAGAAACGAAAAACGUGA